UUUGGGUCUCAUUCAAGAAAUGUUAAACUUGUGAAUAGAUUUGCACAUAAAAAUCCUUGGUACUAAGAACCUACUGUGGACUCAUGAACGCUGCAGAAAAUUCGGAUUUCAUCGAGGACACGUGUGUAUGUUCACUCUUGAAUGCCAAACGUUAACUGACAGCACGCUCCCGCAUGUCAGUAAUGGCCCAUGAAUAGCCAGUGACCACCAUAUAUGGAGGUGAUAACUACUAUGGUCAGGUGCAUCCUGUUGACCUGAGAACAUGGAGCAAACAAAGAAAGAGAAAGAGAGGGGGAGAAAAACUUGUCCAAAGCUGAGAUUGAAGUUAUUUUGGGAGAAGUGGGGAUGAGAAAAACAUUUUAUUUUCCUCUGUUAGUAGUGGUGUGACAGGGACAGGUAAGUCAAAGGCUGAUUUUGUGUUUUCACAGUUUAAACCCAUUGCCAGGCCAUACAGGCAAAAGUUCCCAUAAAAAGCGUCAUGAGUAGCUCAGUUAAAGUUUGAAAUUUCUCCUCUCAGAGAUGAUCUCUCAGUUUAAAACUUCGUACUUGAUGUUUGGCAUGAAACCAGUUUAAAUCUGAGUUUAGCCUGAUAACAGUCCAUGUGAGCUGACAAACUUAAAUUCAGUGUUUUUACCAUGAAGUUCUGUGUCGUUUCUCUGUCAGGGGCUGUCAUCAGACUUGUAUGAUGUCAUGUACGCGGCUGUGGACUCCAGAUGGGUGGAAUCUCAGCCGGUCUAUGAGAAUUCGCCGUACAUGUACAUGUUCUUCAUCUGUUUCAUCAUCAUCAGUUCUUUCUUCACCUUAAACUUCUUCAUCAGAGCCAUCCUGGACAACCUGCAGAGAAACAAGUCUGCAGGUAAACAUAUUUUCAUCACAGAGGAGCAGCAUAAAGAGUGGAUGGCUGUGAAGAAACGUCUGCGGACCCCUCCGAGAGCUGUUCCAAGACCUCAGGUGGGUUCACGUCCUUCCUGUCGCUCUGCGUCCACAGUAGAGUUCACAUUCAGCCAGCAGUCCUGUUACCAUGUCAGCAGAAACCAGGUAUCUGUAACCACCUGAUCCAGAGGGGUAUCCCAGGUAGGAGGUUCAACAAACUCAAAAUCCUCUUCCGGCGUAAAGCAUUGCGAAUUAAUUCUGCCUCGAUAUCGAUGGGAUUUCCUACAUACGGACAGCCCAUGUCUGUCUGACAGCUUGCUUCAGGGUCGGCAGUAGGGAGGAGACAGGAUGAAAUCAGGGUUUCUUAUAGAAAACCUGCCAGUGAGCAGGUUAGGUUCACAGUGUCAGUUGCCAUGGUGAUUGACUCAGAAUUUGACUUACCUCUCUUUCUGGAACUGAAAACCCAGAGUUUCCCUCAUUUCAGGGUUAAAAUACUCAGAGUUUUCACUAAACCCGCUUUCUGGAAUGCCCCCCAGGUGUGUC